CUGUUACUUCUUCAUUCGCUUUGGCCAUGGGCGGCACUCUGUCGUCGAAACACUCGAAAAUUACCUUUGCCACGCCGGACGGCAGCGUCGGCAUCACACCCGGGUUUGCGCAAAAGUAUGCGCGGCACAUGCCAUUCGACAUCAAGACGCCAGUGCUCACGCCGCGCCACGUGGAAUUGAUCAAAGCCAACUGGUCCGCCGUGUGUGCGGGCACGUCUGCGUUCGACGUGGAACAGCACGGGUCCCCAGACAAGUUUUUCCACCGGACGUUCUACGCGACGCUGUUCAAAGCCGAUCCGUCGUUGCGGGGGAUCUUCCGUUCUAGCCUCACGUUGCAGGGCAAAUCACUGGCGUCUAUCAUCAAAGUCAUGACGGGGGUCGUGUCUGCCAGCAACCUUGUCGAGCGCAUGCAAGCGCUGGCGUCCGGUCACCUCAAGUUUGGCGUCAAGCGACAAGAUUAUGCGACGUUGGGGGUGACGCUGAUCCAGACGCUCGAGAUCAUCAGCGGGUCGUCGUGGUCCCGACAUGUCAAGGAAGCGUACUUGACGGCGUAUUGCCUGCUCUUCUACCUCGUGCUGCCGGUGGUCGUGCGGUACGCCCCCGACCCGGUGCAAGAUUCCAUUCCGUGUGCCAUCACCAACGUCGACGUGGUGUCGUCCAAGGCGCGCCGUCUCACGCUCGCAUAUGACUUUCCGCUGCGGUUUCAACCCGGCGACGGGAUCCUCCUCGGCUCGGGCCACACCCAAGUGAUAUUUCCCAUCGCGUCGUUCCACGACCGGGCCACGUCUGCCCUGGACAUUUGCGUCGACGUGGCCACGUCCGACUGGCUGUGCCGCCAAGCCAUGGACUCGAAGCUCAAGCUGUUCUGGGUCGCGUCCAACGUCAACUUUGAGAUUGACACCCCCGACACCGGCCUUCCCACUGACGUAAUGCUCAUCAGCUACGGCAUCGGCGCCGCGCCUUUCGUCGCCAUGAUGCAAGGCCUGCACAGCGUCAAGGACUCGUAUCGCGGCCGGGUCGUCGCAUUGCAGUGCGCGCCGACGUUUGAUGACAUCGCCGCGUUCCAAUCACGGCAGGGGGACCUGAAUGCGUGGGACCAAUGCUCGAUUCACUAUGCAUCGAAAGUCACGGCAGAAACGUUCCUCGAAAUAGCGCCCAACUCGCUCGACCACGUCGACGUCAUCGUGAACGGUCCCAAGGACUUUGUCACCGCCGUCGCCAAGGUGUACGUUGCGGCGGGAGGGAGAAAGCUCAUCCGAGUGUACGGGUUCGACAAUCCGAGGCAUAGGCGGUAGUGGUAUCAUUUACACUACGUUGAUAUCGUAUUCGAUCAUGAUGGGGGAUGAAGGGGGCGCAGACGUGAAGAACCGGCGAAGGGGAAAUGAUGGAUGCAGUUAUGGCAUUAAUUAUCAUCGACGACUCGGGGGGGGUCAAAUCGGG